AUGCAUUCAACCUUAAUAGACCAAGGCCAAGGCUUUUUAAAUUCAGAAGGCCAAAAAUGUGAUAACGCAAAGGACAGAGUAUACGGAUAUGUAAUUAAUCAUGAAUUCAAACACCUCACAGUUUCGACAUAUCGAACUAUAAUGGGCAGACCAUAUAUAUUCAGCUUUAACGAUGCUGAAAAAAUUCGUGGAUUGCCAAUUCAAGAUGGGCCAUCAUGGUCAAAAAUGCAAUUUGACAUAAAGUUACCAAAUGACUGUUGAAUGAGAAUUUUUUUUAUAAGGAGAGGAGCAACCCCUGACAAGUUGUGGGAGAGCAUCUCUCCAUACUUGAAAUUAAAUUGUGGAAAAAUGAGAAUUUCAAUAAGCCAAAGCGAUAUUGCUGAAUAUUUUGAGGAACCAUCGUCUUCAGGAGUAUGGGAUAAAGAAAGCAUCAUAAAAUACUAUGUCAAGGAAUUGUAUUCUAAACAAGAAAUGCAAUUAAUGGAUGUUAUUGAUUCAUCAGAAACGUCUGAAAGAGGGAGCUUCUUUCAGUCUGGCAAUCCAGACCCUUUUAUACGCUCUACGUUAGUAGACAUUGCUUUUUCUGAGCCAUUUAAAUUCACUUUGGAAGAAGAAAAAGAAGACAAUAAUGUGCAAUGCUCAGAAUUUCUUGAUGAUAUAAUUCACGGUAAAAGUAUUAAUAACGCACCUUUAUCCUUAGAAAAUGUUGAGCGUGAUAUUCUAGGUUUAAUGAAUACCAAUGACGAAGGUGAAUAUUAUCCCAAGAAAGGAUUUGCAAAAUAUUCUGCAAUAUUUUCUGAGAAAUACAUCUUAAGAAAUUAUCGCGAUGAACUUUGUUUUGUCUAUGAUAAGAACUGAAACGAGGAGUCGACUAAAGAUUCUGGAUCUGGUAUUCCCACGUCUAUAAAGGAUAUACUAGCUUUUUUAAAGACUUUGAAAGAGGCAAAGAUCAUCCAAAAAGAAUCGAAUGGGUAUUUUAAAUUUAAUGAAAGAGACAUUCUGGAGUAUCUUUUACCCAUCAUUCAUUAA